ACGAAGCUACCGCUGCACUACUUCCUCGCACCAACAGUUCCAAGCCCAUUCACUGGCACGCUGGAGGCCUCGCUCGACGCAAUCCUGUCAUGGGGCACCCUUCACCCGUCCACGACAUUCACGAAGGAGACACUUCUCCGGCCUGUAUCCACGUCCAUGAACUGGCCAGCUAUCCUGAUGACCGCAUUCGGACCCGCAAGCGGCCUCGAUAUCAAGCUACGCCGCAUCUUGCUCGAGGAGUUGACAAUCCUGGUCACGCGCACCCUGCUACCUGAGCAGAUCGCGGAGAACAGGCUUGCGAUGGGGCGACUUUAUGAUCGGAGGAAACAGCUGGCGAUCAGGAUGGUCCUGAGGUACGAUAUGCUCAGGGAAUGGAUGUUGGGUGAGGGGCCGGUGGGAAAGAGGGACUUGAGUGUUGCGUCUGUGCCGCCUACUACAUCCAGUGCGGACGGGAAUGGGAACGGGUCAGUGCAGAUCGACAGUCCGAUGAAAAAUCAGGUCACGCAAGAUGAAGGCGUAGAAUACGAGCGCAGACUGCUGAUGCCGAACGUCUGGCCUACGCUCAUCGCCGCACCGGCUGGUGGGUAUACGACGUAUGGCGUGAGGGAGAGGAUGAAGCACUAUGUUACACCCCUCGAUGACUACCUGCUGUUGACGGACGAGCAUGUGAGGAGCUGGAGCGAGAAGACGCUGGUGGUCAGAACGAGCCAAAUGGUGCUGCAGUGGCAGUGGCUGAGGCAGAAGAACGAGACGCUGGAGGAGAUGGAAGGUAAUGGGUGGGAAGAGUUGGAUGGCAGAGCAGACGAGUGCGACUGGAUUGCUGAG